UGGCCAACGUGGAGCGUGGUGACGAUGGGUCUUACUCACAGAUUUCGCGGCAACACAAAGAGAUCGGCCCAAAGCAGGGAUUCAUUGGCCACAACCCCGGUGCCGUUCUCGAAUAUUCUCCUGUCGCAAUCUAUAGAAAUGCGAGGGAAUUUCUAGUACUAUGCCCGAGCGAACUUACCUUUUUUACUACACACUCGAUACCCCACUAAAUCCCGGUGUGCCGGCCCGAAAAACAUACCGCGUUGAGCCGCGCCAGGUGGCCGCGACCUUCGGAAAACAUCAGUUGCUCUCUCCAUACCCGGCACACGGCCCCGGGAAUCGCGAGGUGGCCGGCAUGCCUGUUAUGAAACUGCCCGGCCUUGAACACCAAUGUCCUCCUCUCCCCAACCCUUCCGGGAGUCGUCCCCGGCCAGCAAUGCUGGCUUUGGCCGGUCUCGGUUCAACUACCGUCACCUCUCGCAGCUAGCGUCCUACUCGACGUCCAGCCCUCUGAGGGUCAUCGCCCAUCUUGACCUUGACGCCUUCUAUGCCCAGUGUGAGGUGGUCCGUCUCGGCGUCGCCGAGGACCAGCCCCUGGCUGUGCAGCAAUGGCAAAACUUAAUAGCCGUCAACUACGCAGCCCGUCCAUUUGGGGUUGGCCGCCAUUGUACUGCGGUGGAGGCAAAGAAACUGUGCCCAACCCUGAUCACCCAACACGUGGCUACUUGGCGGGAGGGCGAGGAGAAAUGGGCUUACCACCCGGACGCCGCGGCCAACAUGGCGACCCACAAGGUGUCGUUGGACCCCUACAGGCUGGAAUCCAGAAGGAUUAUAGCCGUCAUCAAGGAGCACCUCCCGGCCAACCUGCAGAAGGUCGAGAAGGCGAGCAUAGACGAGGUCUUCCUCGAUCUAUCUGCCCAUGUCCACUCCAUCAUGCUGGAGAGGUUUCCAGAACUGGCAAAGGCGCCCCCUCAAGCUGAUCCAAGCGAGAGGCUCCCUAUGCCGCCUACCUGUGCUCUUGACUGGGCGGCGGACGCAUUGGUGGACCUCGACCACGAAGAGACCGAGACAAGUGACCCCGAUUGGGACGACGUGGCCAUUCUAAUCGGCUCGGAGAUCGUUCGGGGCGUGAGGGCGGCAAUCAGGCAGAAGCUAAAAUAUACGAGCUCCGCCGGCAUAGCGAAUAACAAGAUGGUCAGCAAAUUGGGCUCGGGCUACAAGAAACCGAACCAGCAGACGGUGAUACGGAAUCGGGCCAUUCGGCAUUUCAUGUCGGGGUUCAAGUUCACCAAGAUUCGCAAUCUAGGCGGCAAGCUUGGCGACCAGGUCGCCCAUGUGUUCAACACCGACACUGUUAAUGACUUGCUGACCGUGUCUGUCGAGCAGCUGAAGCUGAGGCUCGGGGACGACACGGGAGUCUGGGUCUACAAUACAAUUCGGGGGCUUGACUCAAGCGAGGUAAACCCGCGCACGCAGAUCAAGUCGAUGCUCUCGGCCAAGUCCUUUAACCCCGGCAUCAAUACUCUCGAACAGGGUAUCAGGUGGCUGCGGGUAUUUGUGGCCGAUAUAUACUCCCGAUUGGUGGAGGAAGGCGUUCUGGAGAACAAGCGGCGGCCGAGGACCCUCAACCUUCACCACCGGCAUGGUGGACAGACUCGCUCGCGCCAGGGUCCCAUCCCGCAGGGGAAGGCGUUGGACGAGGGCGUAUUGUUUGAUUAUGCCAAAUCUCUUCUGACCCAGAUCGCGCGGGACGGCCACGUCUGGCCAUGCGCAAACCUCAGCCUCAGCAUCGGGGGCUUCGAGGACAGCAUUACGGGAAACAUGGGGAUCGGGGGGUUCUUGGUCAAGGGAGACAAUGCUCAGGCUCUCAAGCCCAGUCUCGGGGAAACGUCAGGGGCUGCCGCGACUCAACCGUUAGCCAUAAAGCGACGACGGGCGGACGAGGGGGGGAUCCACCGGUUCUUCCCGCGAGCACAUGUCUCGCAUGGAAGCGGCCCUCAGUUGGGCGCCGAUGAUGUCGGCCUGAUGGCUUCUGACUACAGCCUACCUGGCAAGCCAGAAACCGGUCUUGGGUCGGACAUGGGGCACCACCAGGACGAGCCACCUGUCAUAUCCAACGUGCGACAGGAAUUCCCAUCCAAUGGCGAGCAGAUUGUAAUCAGCGAUUACGUGUGUCCUCGUUGCGACGCCCGACUCGAGACUGCGCAGGACAGGCAGAGCCACCAGGAUUGGCACCUCGCCAAAGAGCUCCAGGAGGAAGAAGAACGUGUCAGACAGGUAUUUGCCAACCCCGCGGCGACCACUGCACUUAUCUCACGCAGCACGCAGAGAGAUGCAGCUGCAUCAUCCAAGCGAUCGGGGAAAUCAAAGAAGAUGGAGCCGGGACAAAGCAAACUGAAGUUCAGUUGAGUGAGCUUGGCUAAACGCCAUGUCACCCAGCCUUCCACCCAUAUCGCGUCAGGUAUUCUCCCCCCUGCAGGAGGGUGAGGCGGCAUAUUGCACAGACAUGGUCUCACAGGCACCGACUGGCAGCCAGGAAGGGCAAUGCAUUGGCCUUGGACGAUGAAAGAGGAAUGGUGCAUGUUGCCUUUCGGAAGGAGUCGGCGGUGGGCGAGGUUCUGGGACGGAACGGAGCCAUUGUUUGUGGGUCCAAAACAUCGGUCUGCAAGCCCUUCCUCGCUCGCGGAUGCUCCAAACUGCUUCCGAGAGGCAUCAAACAUCCUGACAUUGCCCUGCAUC